AUGCAAUAUGAUUUAAUAGUAAUACCUAUACCAAAAGUAACAAGCAAAUUAAAGAAGACAUCAGAUUACAAUAUAGUAAGACGUCCAAGGAAUAAGAACAGAAAAGAACUUUACAGGAAUGGAGACGAUUUCUUCAAGCUUGACGUAGAAGAUUACAAUGAACCGACAGACAUACCUGAUAUUGAUAAUUUUGAAUUCAGUGGAAACAGAGAUGGGGCUAAACCUGACUAUGAUAUGGGCAUGAGUUAUGGUGAUGACAAGAUUGUCGGUGGAGCAGAAGUGGAUAUAGAUUUGUAUCCUUACCACGCAGCUUAUGGUUCCAAUUGUGGUGGGGCUAUAAUUGACAAGAAAUGGGUAAUCACUGCUGGACAUUGCGGAAUCAAGACGUACAUAAGGGUCGGAUCCAAAUACCUGAAUAAAGGUAGAAAGAUACAAGUGAAGCACAACUACAUACAUCCUCUUUGGUCAGCUAAGAACAAAGAUCAUCCUUUCGAUUACGACUACCAACUCUUAGAAUUGGAUGAACAUUUGAAGUAUGAUGAAAAUAUUCAACCAAUCAAAAUUGGACGUAUCGAGGAUAUGGUGGUCGGGAAACUGGUAGCUGUAACUGGUUGGGGAAAUACUGAAGAGAAUGGGCCAUAUGCGCCAACCUUGCAGGCAGUGCGAGUGCCGAUAAUUUCCAAAGAGCAAUGUCAGAAUGUACCGUUCCCUUACUUCCGAGGCAGUCUCACACCGAGGAUGUUCUGUGCCGGUUUCCCUGAAGGAAAGAUGGACGCUUGUCAGGGUGAUUCAGGAGGACCAGCAGUUUCAAAUGAAAGACUUCUCGGUAUGGUCUCUUUCGGCUACGGUUGCGCGACACCAGGCUCUUACGGGGUGUACAGUAAGGUGGCUAAAGUUAGACCUUGGAUCCAAGACGUGACUGGCUUGAGGCUCGAUUAA